CCGGCGAUCAUGAGGCAGAUGAGUGCACCUCCGAUCAUGAUCGGUCGCGUUGAACGCCGCGGUUGCCGCGAGAUGAAAGCUGACGGAUCGCCGUUUCCUUGCUUACCGAACCCCAACUUGUUGCCUCAAAAUAACACGGAGAGCAGUAGAGCGCCAAGCUUUAGGGAUCUUCUGUUGAAUUUCCAUCCUGAAAGAAUGCAGCAGCAGCAGCAGCAAUCUGUGGGGGAUUUGGAUUGGGGUCGCGGCUUUCAGGAUCUUCUGUUGAAUUUUCAUCCUGAAAGAAUGCAGCAGCAGCAGCAGCAAUCUGUGGGGGAUUUGGAUUGGGGUCGCGGAACGGAGAGCUUUCAGGAUCUACUGAGGAUCGAGUCUGAAAGAUUUUUGCAGCAAUUUGUAGCGGGAGAAAGACCAGGGGGGGACCAACGUCUGUCGAAUCGGCAGCUAGAUUCUCCUCGGGCCCAAAAUCAAGGCGUAGACUCGUCCAAGAAUCAAGGGGGAGGAGUAGACCUGAAUAGGACCCCGCCGCAAAAUCAGCCGAUGACGAGGAGGAGGAAGUAUACACCUAAGGUUAUUAGAGAGGGAAAGCCUGCAAGAAGAACACCAAGGAAGACCGCGACCCCCAGUUCAGCAGAAAAGAGGAGAUGUGUGAGGGAGAAGAAAGACGAGAGCCCGGUGCAAGAGAACCCCACAAGCGCACCAGAAAAGAUCAGCGAUGAUGCCGAUAGCACGCGCAGGAAGAAGCCCGUUAGGCGGAGUUUGAAUUUUGAUUCAGCAGAUUCUCAAGCCGCAGGAGAUCAAUUAUCAGGAUUGAGGAAAGAAACUGUUGUUGUUUGCUCCCAAGAGCAGGACUCGGUGGCUUUAGAGAGUUCAAUUGGCCGUGGUGUUGGAUUUGAGAAGCUCGACAGUUCGAUGAAUGGGAACCUAAGAGCUCCACAGACUCCGAGUCAACCUCCUCGGCCUUCGAGGCAGGAGAUGCUGAGAAUGAAGUGGCAGGCUGACUUCGGGCGGAUGGUAGAGAAGAUGAACUCGUCUCAGCAGCAGCCUAUUAGAAGAGAGGGAGAGAAUCUGAAGAAACUUGCUAGGAUGAUAAAUUGUCGAAACAACCAAGAGAGACAUCAUCCGCAAGAUAGGAACUCAGAGGUCCUAUUUCAAGUAGGAAAUGGAAAUUACAAUGGAAUCAACAGGGGCAAUGGAAACUGCAGUGUGAAUUGUACUAAUCCAUGUCCUCCUGAUAUUCACAAGAGAAGGAGAGUAGAAAAUGGUCACCAGGAAGCCGCACCUAGUGCUUCUUCUAGUGGAUGGAAGACUAUACAUGCCAUGCAAACCAGUAGACAAGCGUUCUCCUUUGCAGAUGCACAAAGGUCGAUGGCCCUUGAGAAAAUGCAAUCCUCAAAGUAUAUUUUGGCAUCAGAUCGUAAUGAGAGGGAGACGAGCUACAAACAGGUUCAUGACAAAGUAGACCGAAGCCAACCUCCAACUCCUGAAAAAACAUCGAGGUGCAGUAAUAGUCACGAACAUGAUAUUUAUGGACCCAGAGCUCGUGUUGAAGCUCUGAUUGGAAAGCAAAAGCAAAUGAGACCGAGGGCUAGAAGGCAGAAGAAUAAGGAACAAGAUCCUCUUGUGAAUUCUUUGCCGAGGGCACUUGUACGAUACGGAGAUCCUAUGGAGGAAAUUGGCCAAGGAUUGGGUAAUUUAGACAUAAAUGGUGGUGAUGGAGUUGUUUUUAUAAUUCAGCCACAAAAUGCGCUAGUUCCUUAUGCUGGAGGAAGUGGCACUAUGGUUCUCUUUAACGGCAACCUCAUCAAGAAGCGGAAACCUCGGCCAAAAGUUGAUCUGGAUCCCGAAUCAGAUAGGGUUUGGAGACUUUUAAUGGGAAAGGAAAGCAGUGUAGGUGAAGAGGGAACAAAUAUGGAUAAGGAGAAGUGGUGGGAGAAUGAAAGACGAAUUUUUCAUGGUCGCGCAGACUCAUUCAUUGCUAGGAUGCAUCUGAUCCAAGGUGAUAGACGCUUCUCGAAGUGGAAAGGAUCAGUUGUGGAUUCAGUGAUUGGUGUAUUUCUUACACAGAAUGUCUCAGACCAUCUUUCAAGCUCUGCAUUCAUGUACCUUGCCGCAAGGUUUCCUCGGUUAAAGGAUAAUAACAACAACACUGCUAAUGUAGAAAUUAUCAGCAGAUCUACAGCUGUCAAUGGAGAAGUAUCAGAGCAAAAGAGAUGUGGCCAAAGCUCGUCAGGAACCAAGGAACCUGAGCAAAUGCAUAAUAAAGAACUGUCUAACAGUACUGAAUCACUUGAAAGCAAUAAUUUAGGUUGUAGCAUUGGGCGAGGACUAGGUCAUGAAUCACCGGACAGCGUUUUAGGCUCUGUCGUUACUUUCACUGCAGUUGAAGGUGAUGACAGAAAUUCUUCAGACGAUGUUGUUUCAUCACAGAAUUCUUUAGCUUCAUCUCAAAAUUCUUCAGAAUAUCCAGAUCAGACAUCUGAACAGCUCAAACCGAUUCCAGUUAUGAACUCUGAAGGUGACGAGCUGCUAACUAUAGGUAGGGGCAGUGGUGUCAGUUCAUUCAGAGAGCUUCUAGAUAUGGCAGAUGGAAAAGUGCUGAAUGACUUGAAAGCUACCGGCAACGAAAGCAUAUUAUCGGCAACACACAAGAGUUUGAUUGAUUGGUCAGCAUCCAUACGAAUUGACAAGAGUCCACCAGUUACAAAUGGACCUUAUCUCCAUGGUUCAAGUUCUUGCACCGACACUUCUAAUUCUCUUUUCCACUCAUCAGAACAUGAUUUCUUGAGUUUGUUUGGUGCUCCAUCAUCUUAUGGUUAUCAGAAUUUUUCGAGCUCAUCUUUGAGAACAGAGAUAUCUGAUGUUUUUAUAAAUGAAUAUAGCCAGUCUUAUUUACCUCCAGCUUCUUUUGAAUUAAAUCAAAGGAUUAUAAAUGAGUCAAUGAGCAGGCAAUAUGCUACGUAUACAGGAAGUUCAACCAAUGCUAAUGUUGCCUCUCGUGCUGAUUCAUUUGGAGGAAUGAGGCCUCUUCAAAAUGAGAUACAUUGUUGUUGUCAAAAUGAGUUCUCUUCAAAGACAAAUAUUUCUCAUUUAUGUUUAAAUCAACAAGAAGAGAAUGAACUUGUGUUUCAACAAAGAGAAAGACAAGCAGAAGUUCACAUGGCAAGACCUCAGAAAGCAGUUGAAACUCGUCAAUCUUCUUCAAAUUUAAACAAUGACAAUCAGGGGACCAAUUUAGGUGCUGGAGGUGUAGCUGAGUCAAAUUUAAGAAAAGACACAUCUCAGAAGGUUUCAUCUGGAACCAUGAACAAUGAAUCAAAGAUUAAGAAGGGAAAAAUUGAGAUUGAUAAGAGGACCGAUGACUGGGAUAAUCUGCGAAAAGAGGCAGAAAAUGAUGGUGCGAAAAAAGAACGAAGCAAUGACACAAUGGACUCACUGGACUAUGAGGCAUUAAGGAAUGCAGAUGUGGGUGAAAUAUCGAAUACUAUCCGAGAACGAGGCAUGAACAACAAGCUGGCAGAACGAAUCAAGGACUUCCUCAAUCGGCUGGUUAGGGAUCAUGGAAGCAUCGAUCUUGAAUGGUUAAGAUACGUUCCACCAGAAAAAGCAAAGGACUACCUUCUAAGCAUAAAUGGGCUGGGGCUCAAGAGUGUUGAAUGUGUUCGGCUUUUGACACUUCACCAUCUAGCUUUUCCUGUUGACACGAAUGUUGGUCGCAUUGCUGUGAGGCUGGGAUGGGUUCCACUUCAACCCUUGCCAGAAUCUCUUCAGUUACAUCUUUUAGAAAUGUACCCUAUACUGGAGACAAUUCAAAAGUACCUUUGGCCUCGGCUAUGUAAACUUGAUCAGCGGACAUUAUAUGAGCUGCACUAUCAGUUAAUUACUUUUGGCAAGGUUUUCUGUACAAAGAGCAAGCCAAAUUGUAAUGCUUGCCCAAUGAGAGGAGAGUGCAAACACUUUGCAAGUGCAUUUGCCAGUGCAAGGCUUGCUCUUCCAGGACCAGAAGAGAAACGUUUGGUGAGCUCAACAAUUCCUGUUUCCUCCACAACAACUGAUGGAUCAGUUCCCAUCCCAAUGCCCUUACCUCAACUUGAUGGGAGCACGCACUUAAGGGAACAAACUGCUCCUAAAAUCUGUGAGCCUAUCGUUGAGGAACCUGGAACGCCAGAACCUGAGCAUAUAGAAACAACAGAAAUUGAUAUAGAAGAUGCUUUUGAUAAUGAUCCUGAUGGAAUUCCUACAAUAAAGCUCAAUCUGGAAGAGUUCACUCAAAAUUUGCAACAUUAUAUGGACAGUGAUUUGUCAAAGGCGUUAGUUGCUAUAAUUCCAGAAGCUGCAUCCAUCCCCAUGCCUAAGCUGAAAAAUGUGAAUCGGUUGCGUACAGAACAUCUAGUGUAUGAACUUCCAGAUUCACAUCCUCUUUUGGAUGGGCUGGACAAAAGAGAGGCUGAUGAUCCCUGCCCCUAUCUUCUAGCUAUAUGGACCCCAGGUGAAACUGCUCAAUCAAUUGAGCCCCCAUCUGCAUGCUGCAACACCAAGAACACUGGUAAAUUGUGUGACAGGAAUACAUGCUUUAGUUGCAAUAGCAUACGAGAAGCACAAGCUCAGACGGUCAGAGGGACACUUUUGAUUCCAUGUAGGACAGCAAAUAGAGGAAGUUUUCCACUCAAUGGCACAUAUUUUCAAGUUAAUGAGGUAUUUGCAGAUCAUGAUUCUAGUCGUAAUCCAAUUGACGUCCCUAGGGACUGGAUAUGGAAUCUUCCAAGACGAACUGUAUAUUUUGGAACAUCUAUACCAACAAUAUUUAAAGGACUUACAACUGAAGGGAUACAACAAUGCUUCUGGAGAGGGUUUGUCUGCGUGAGGGGAUUUGAUCGGACAGCAAGAGCACCAAGGCCUCUCUUUGCAAGGCUACACUGUCCCGCGAGCAAAGUAACCAAAAACAAAGCAGCAGCAGCAGCAGCAAACGAGAAGACUUAAUGGCCAGGUUCGAAAAAUACGAGCCAGUUCGGAGUAUUUUUUUUUUCAUCUCACGACCCUCAGCCUUCUAUCUAAUUGUAUGAAUAGGACAGUGUAUCGUAAUGUUCAAUCUCGCAAAUUUGUCGUCCUAUCUUUGGGAUGCUAUGAAAUUUAUGUGAUCACAAAGGAGGGCUAUGUUUAUACUUGUACGUAUGUAUCAUGUAUCUUUGUCUCAAAUAAUAAGUAAAAUCAUCACAAAAGGUGUAUAAUUAAUGCAAUCUUGCAUAAAGUGCUGGUUCUUCUCAGAACACGAGCUUUGUGUUUU